AGUUAAAAGUAAACGAUAUCUCGAAAUUAAAUUACAGGAACAGUAAGGUUAUUACCAUUAAUGCCGUUGAAUUUGUGUUUUCACGGUCUACAACAAUAUUGAAAGAUAAAUAUAUGGUUCUAUUUAAAAAAAAUAUCGACCUUGAAGUCUCAUAAAAAGAUGACCAUAAAAGAGAAGCUAUUUCCACCGUUGCAUGUGGCCCUUGGAAUAUUGUAACUUUGUCUUGAGAAAUUUAUCUCAGUAGCGGACAAAAGUUUAAGACGAUGAUUUGCAAACCGAAUUACAAACAUCUUAUACGCAUAUUGUUCUUCUAUUCGGUUUGUCGUAACCUCAGACCGUCAGUUGUUAAAUACAAACAAUGUAGGAGUUACAAUAGUUAGUUACCGUUUAGCACUUGUAAACAGUGGACAUUAGUUUAAGAUGAUCUAUGAAAAACGUAGGAACAGACUAUGGGUAAAUCAAAGAAUUUACUUGAAAACGAAAGGGAACAAAUCGUAAGGCUGCGAAAGCAAAGUAAAACCUUCACCGAAAUAGCAAAUAUAGUGAACAGGUCAGAAACGGCUUGUAAGCAAGCUUGGUAUAAAUUUUUAAAGGCAGGCAUGUAUUGCGAUCUACCGAAAAACGGAAGACCACGAAAAACAACGCCGAAAAUGGAUCGCCGGAUUCAUCGAUUGAGCGAAAAGGAUCGUUUUCGUAGUGCAAAUAAUAUUGCUGCGGAGAUAAACUAUAAAAACGAUACACAAAUUAGUGCUAGAACUGUUAGGAGAAGAUUAGAAGACUUUAACUUAACAGGACGAAAACCCCAAAAGAAACCACUGCUGAGUUCUAGGAAUCGAAAAAGAUGACUUGCAUUUGCUAAAGCUCAAAAAUCCAAUCGAGAAUUUGUGGAGCAUAAUAAAAAAGACAGUACAUGGUUAUAAACUGAAAAAUUUAAAUGACCUUUACUCUACAAUUGGAACAGCUUGGAGUAAUAUUAUGGUUGAUCAAUGUAAAAAAUUAAUAGAUUCUAUGGCAAGAAGAGGUGAUAAGAAACAAUGGAUAUUGGACAAAAUAUUGAAUUUAUAAUAUAUAUUAUAUAUUUUGUGUAGUCAAACUUUUGACUGACGAAAUAUUAUACAGAUUUCUUUCCUUUUUUAUAACUUAGCUACUGAGCAAAAUAUCAAAAUGAAAUUUUUUUUGUAAGUGUAUAAACAAAUGUCUAAUUAGUUAAUACCAAAAGUAGAACACUGUAUUUAUAUUUUUUAUGGAAAGUAAAUCAAUUAUUUAUUUUUUCCAUUUCA